AUGGAUACUCAAUGGAUCAACUCUGAUAAUCUUGACCUCCUGCAAGAAGCUGCAGACGCAAUGUAUACCGACAAAGGCAAAGGCAAAGGCAAUAGCCAGAGGCUAGCUGACAAGAUCACAGACAACCGAGUGCCGAGCUACAUCCGAGGAGAGCUGCAGCUUCCCCGAAGGAAACUCGCGCCGCCUCCGCAUGCCACCACCGCGACAGCCCGGCCCAUCGUGCACGCCAACAUCGUGACGCCUGGACGCAAGGGCUCCACCAGCGGUAUCCCUUCCCCGGCGCGCACUCGCUCGAACAGUCACCCUACACGUCCGGUUUUCUCCAGUCUACCCACCCGUUCCAAGGGGCCUGCCGUAACCCCUGCGACCGCGCCUUGCGCUCCGCGGACUGGAAGCCCCCCAGUAAUGCGAUGUCACCGGUGUCAGAAGCUGCUGGAUGACAGCCCGAUCAUCUGGAAUGACUAUCCAGGAGGACGGCCCGGUAGCCCGCCCAGAACCACGAGGUGGCAUUCCUAUUGCCUGUUUGGGCUGAUUGCCGAGGACACAUUGAGGCUCAUUCCCCAGAAGGAAGCUCCCAAGAGUGAAGCUGUCGCGGCAAAGAUAUUCAACCGCUUUUUCGGUGGCGUGAUGGGUUCUUCAUGA